AUAAAAACAGAUUAUAAGGUUUACUUUAGAAUAUUUAUUUUACUACUCAAAUUUACAUAUCGCUCGUAUCGCUGUUCUUAUCUAAACUGUAAUUAUAAAGCCAUUAUUUCUUUAAUUUCAGAAAACUUUAAUGGUAGGAGAAUUUUGGAAAUUGGAAAUUCAGCUGCUGUUCAUUACAUUGCAUCUGCGAGUGCUUGUUUUACAAAUAUUGUCCAAGGCCAACUGAUUCCAGAUAGCUGUGAAAAAUUAAAACGCUGGCACAGAAAAGAAGUAAAUCUUGACUUCAGCUUCUUUCUUAAUAUCGUUGCUGAACUUGAGGGAUAUGAAGAUAAUUUGGAAGAAGGAAGAAAGUUGUUAGAAUCACAAAUACGAAAGUGCGUGAAGUGCGUUGUGCCAUGUGAUAUUCAUUCAGAUCCGAUUCUGAAACUGGAGGAGUUAACUGUUGUCGAAAUUCAACCACCUUACGAUCUGAUUAUAACAAUAUUGACACUGGAAUCUUCGUGUCCAGACUUUUAUAGCUAUGUCACAGCUCUGAAAAGAAUCCACAAACUUCUCAAGAGAAAAGGUGGAUUAAUCGUAGGAGGAUAUGAAUGUGAAGGAAACUGGAAAAUUGGCAAUAAAUGGGUUCCUUGUCUUAAUCUCAAUAUAAGUGAUAUCUGGUGCGCCUUAAAAUUAGCAGGAUUUGGAAACAUGACGUUCAAAGUACAUUAUGGAAAUAAACCUGAAAGUUAUUACAAACAUAACAGUUUCUAUUGCAUCGCAGCAGAAAAACUGUAAAUAUAUAGCUAAUUGUCGUUACACGAGUAACCAUAUAGCAUUUAAUACCAUCAUCAGCUUUAUAAAAGAGAAAGCUGAUAUAAGAAAAAAAGGGACUAAUUUUUCUUCGCUUUAUUGAGUGCAUUUAUCUUCUUAUUACAAUCAAGAAAAGAAUAAAAUUACUUUUUAUGUG